AUGACCACCAGGACAUGCUCUGCUAUAAAUCCACAUCACGCUGUUUGGUGGGACUUUCAGGUGAAUGAAUCUGAUGCAGAUGACCAGGACUUUGGGGAUUAUGCUCUGGAUUUCAUGGCAGAUUCUCCUGGCACAUUGGAGAGCAGCCUGUCUCCAGCUGAACUGGUACCAUUUCAGGGAUGUGUCAUACCCCCCCUAACCCCUCAGCGAGACUUCUCCCCAGUGGAGAGUCUUAUUAACUCAUUCACAGAAGCAGGAAUCCCCCCUGCCCAGGAUGGAGCUAUCUGGAAGGGCAUUGCCCAGUGUCAUGGCAGGGCACUGGAACAUUCUAUGGAAGUCAACAAUGAGCUCCAUGAGACUCUUCAUAGACGACAGGAGGAGAUCAACUCCCUGCAGGAGAGAAACCUCCACCUCAGACAGCUGGCCAGUCGAGCAAAGCACCUGGCCUCAGUGCUCGAAAAACUAACUAGAUUCAGAGAUUCAAAUACAAGAGAACCAGUGCUACCUUGUGGGGAUUCACUGAGUCCCUGUAAGCGGCAGCGACUGGAUGAAGGAUACGAAACAGAAUCCUCAGGCUCAGUGGAGGACGUACUGAGGGACGUCAGCACUCGCUGCAAUGCUAUCCUGCACAGCACUGCCACUGGAACAAGAAAACAACAGGAAUCAGAAACUGUACGCAUGUUCGGUGCAUUCUCAGGCCUUCAGACUUCUUUUUUCAAAGACUGCAGCGUGAGGACUGACGGAGCAGAGGCUGAAGGGAGCAUCUCAUCUUUCAGAACCUCUGUUAGAGAACACUGCACCAUAAGGACUCAGGUGUUUCCACAUGGACAUGCCUUUACAUCGAGGACUCAGGAAGGUGGAUACCGCUUUCGCUGGGUUCCAAACCACAGCUAAAACCAGGGUUAACAACUGCAUCCCUCAGGUGCUUUUAAUUAGUGAUUUGAAGAUGCCUGAAGUCUAUUAAAGACUGAAAGGAAGUGUGGGUGGGCAGCGACUGUUAAUGCUUAACUAAUAAUCUAUAGUGAUAUCUGUAAAUGAUUAAAUUAUGUCUUCCUCAGGUAGCUGCUAAGCUAAUCAGUCUUAACAAAGGAAAUAACACUGCCUGAGCUGUUGUUUACAUUGUGUUUCUGUUUACAUGCUUCAAUGUCAUGUUUAGUUUUGCACCUCACAGCAUGUUUUUGUCUUGGAAAAUACAAAUGAUUUUACAAGUUUGGAAUAAAAGUUAUGUUUUAUA